AUGACAACUACAACUAAUACCUCUGCUUCAGGCAGCUUUUCUGAAAAUAACGUCAUUGUUGUAUUGGGAGCUCAGUGGGGAGAUGAGGGAAAGGGAAAGUUGGUUGAUAUUAUUGGACAGGAAGCUGAAGUUUGCGCAAGAUUUGCGGGCGGCAAUAAUGCUGGACAUACAAUUGUCGUGAAUGGAAACAAGUACCACUUUCAUUUGCUUCCUUCCGGCUUGACCAAUCCCAAGUGCAUAUCGAUUAUCGGAUCGGGCGUAGUCGUGCAUUUGCCAGCAUUCUUUAAAGAAAUCGAAGCGCUCGAAUCACAAGGUCUCAGUGUGUCCGAUCGCCUCUUUCUCUCCGAUCGCGCUCACUUGGUUUUCGACUUUCAUCAAAUCGUAGAUGGUUUGAAGGAAGUCGAACUAGGAAAGUCUUCUAUCGGAACUACGAAAAGAGGCAUAGGUCCUGCUUAUUCCAAUAAAGCAUCGCGUUCAGGUCUGCGAGUGCACCAUUUGUUUAAUAGUGAAGAUUUUGCAACAAAAUUUAGAAAAUUGGUUGAAAAUAGGAGGAAGAGGUAUGGAUUUUUUGAAUAUGAUGUCGAGCAAGAGAUUGAGCGAUACAAGAACUAUGCAGAACGUCUAAAGCCCUACGUUAUCGACACUAUAACCUUUAUGCAUCGGUCCUUGGCUUCUCAGAAACGUAUUCUUAUUGAAGGAGCCAAUGCAUUGAUGCUUGAUCUCGAUUUUGGCACAUAUCCCUUUGUUACCUCAUCCUCCACAACCAUUGGUGGUGUGUUGACUGGUCUUGGCAUUCCUCCGCAAAGUAUCGGGAAAAUUAUAGGCGUUGUAAAAGCCUAUACAACUCGAGUUGGCGGGGGCCCGUUCCCUACAGAACUGCACGACAAAAUCGGGGAGCACUUUCAGCAAGUUGGAAAGGAAUGGGGUGUUACAACAGGUAGAAAGAGAAGAUGUGGAUGGUUGGAUUUGGUUAUGAUGAAGUACUCAGCCAUGAUUAAUGGAUAUAAUAGUUUGAACCUAACAAAAUUGGACAUAUUGAGCGGGUUGAACGAAGUUAAAAUUGCUAUUGAUUAUGAAGUCGAUGGAGUUCCAUUAGAGAGCUUUCCUGCUGACUUGGGCGUGCUCUCAAAGGUAACCGUAACAUAUGAGACCCUCCCCGGUUGGUCAGAAGAUAUUUCCACAUGCCGAUCAUUUGAUGAUCUUCCUCUCAACGCACGGAAUUAUAUUAAUCUCAUUGAAACGCGUUUGAAUGUCCCGGUUGAGUGGAUUGGUGUCGGGCCAGGAAGAGAGGACAUGAUUGUUAAGAAAAUAAACAAGAUAUAA